UACUAUCAGCUGGGUUUAUCAGAGUAUCAACAACCACCGCAUUCAAGGACUCAUCCCUCUGGUCAGCUCUCCCUGCAGAGCGGACAGGGGCUGCGUGGGAGCUGAGUUCACCUCUUAUUUCAAGGAAUCUUAACAGCAGGUUUUAAGUUGCUUAUUUACCUUUUUGGUCUGUGCAGGAAGUCUGAGCUAAAAAAAAAGACAGAAGUAUAAUUACUCUGGCACGCCUGCAUUCCUGCUCCAGGCUCAGGAGGGGAGAGACUUUCUUGUCGGAGCCAGGAAGAGGAGCUGAUCCCUGGAGAUCAUUGCCUCAAACGCGUGUAACUGAAACCUGCAGCCAUGCUGAAACAGAUACUAUCGGAAAUGUACAUUGAUCCUGACCUGCUGGCAGAACUCAGUGAGGAGCAAAAGCAGAUCCUCUUCUUCAAGAUGCGGCAGGAACAGAUCAGACGAUGGGAAGAAAGAGAAGCUGCUAUGGACAAGGCUUCAGCAAAGAAACAACUGCCGAGAAAAGCCAAUGGGAAGUCAGUGACAUGGAAGCUCGGUGCUGACAACGACGUCUGGGUCUGGGUGAUGGGCGAGCAUCCUUCAGAUAAAUCAUAUGCUGCUAUCUGUGAAGAGAUCCAGGCACAAAGGGCAAAGCAGCUGGUGAGAGAGCAAAGUAAGGAGGGCAGAGAGACUGACUCUUCUGUAACACAGUCUUUACAUCUACAACCAGGAGUCCUAGGUGAGACAGAUCUUCAUGGGAAUAAGAAAAGCACUGUGGAGGAAAAGAAGGAAUGUGGGAGGAAAAUUACUGCUGCUGCAGCAGGGAAAAGCCAGGAGAUCACAAAGAGGGAAACCAGGGAUGUUCACCAGAUGCUGGCAGCCUGUCACAUGAGGAAAUGUGGUUUCCAACAGACAAAAGAAGCACAGAGGAGAAAUGCAGGAGAAGAAACCACAGCCCCCCAGGAGGCAAUACUGCAGAGCCACCCCAGCUCAGAGAGCCAGAGGACGCUGCAGAAAUUGGAUGAGAAUGAGCCUGAAUGGCAGGAAUCCUUGAAGAAAUCCAGGGCAGCAGAUGAGAAGAGACGCUCUCUUGCACGGCAAGCCAGGGAUGACUACAGGAGACUCUCACUGCAGGGCAUCCACAAAGGGAAGCAGGCAGAUAUUUCCAAGGGUGCCACAGCAAGAGAUCGUCGACCACUCCAAUAUCCACCUCUCCCUCCUAAGCCUAAACUUCUACCUCCUGCGAUGUCAAAUGGGAGAACGAUUCGGAAAGAGGGAAUCCAGAGAACAAUCUCCAAUUCCACUGAAGAAAGCAUCAUCAGGUGGUUCAGAGAGGAGCAAUUCCCUCUCCGAGCUGGCUAUCAGAAAACCACAGACACAAUAGCUCCUUGGUUUCACGGUAUCCUAACCUCUAAGAAAGCAGAAGAGCUUCUGAAUAAAACAGUACCAGGGAGUUUUCUGGUCCGGGUCAGUGAGAAAAUCAAAGGCUACGUGCUCUCCUAUCGAUCUGUAGAAGGAUGUAAACACUUCCUCAUUGAUGCCUCCAGUGAUUCCUACAGCUUCCUUGGAGUGGACCAGCUACAGCAUUCAACACUGGCUGACCUUGUAGACUACCACAAGGAUGAACCCAUCACUUCCUUGGGAAAGGAGCUGUUGCUUUACCCAUGUGGCCAAGAGGAUCAAGAGGCAGAUUACAUCUCUCUCUUUGAAUGAGCCUCCCAGUCUUACUGUGCAGCCCCAUGCUCGUAUUCACAGGCUGAACUUCAAACUAGAGCUGUUGAUGCUUACCUGAAAUAGCUGCCAUCAGUGCCUUUGCUUUUUAUCCUUCACAACAAAGCAGAGGGAGUAUAAGUACUGUUGUGAGCUGUAUCAACUGAGUUACUGGAUGCAUCAGCCCAGCAAGCUGCAAAGCACUUGGAUGCAUCCUGCACAGUGGAGUGAAUGAAAUGAUGAAGUAAUCAGUUGAGCAGGAAGAUACUGCCAUGUAUUUUCAGUGGGUGUUUGCAGAUUUCCUCGGGGACUUCUGUAUUCAAGCUGCCUUUUGUUCUUGAAUGCCAGGUUGUGUGCCAUCUGGGAAAUAGAUUGGUGUCUACAGCUGAAUGAGAUCAUACCUUCCUGAAGGCACAAAAAUACUUGGAGGGGGUGAACCUUCUUGAUACAGUAAUUUGCAUAAUGUGAAGAUAAAUCCUGUAAAAUGCUGUGUGCUUGGAAUCAAGGAUAUUCAAGCCAAACAUCCAAGCAAACCCUCUGUGCCUUUCAGUGAAAGGUGUUCUCUGUAAAGAGGGAUUUUCAUGAAAAGUACAUUUUUAAAACUCUUUUAGCCUCUGAAUGUAGAUCUUCACCCUUUUAACUUGUAUUUAAGUCCCACACUAUCCUUUCUGCAUAGAGAUUAGUCUUUUGAAAUGGAAAGGAGAAACUAUAUAGGAAUUUGUAUGAAAGACUUCCACAUGCACAGAACCUAAAAGAUGUAAGAAGCAGUGCCUAUAUCAGUAUUAGUACAGUUUACAGAAGAGCGUUUGCCAGCUAUUUUGCAAAAUGGAGCUAUUUAUUGCAAGUUGUGUCCAGAUUACUGAGACGCGUCGGGGGUAAACUUUAAUAUAGAACUUGUUCUUUCAACAUAAUAUUCUCUCUUUUUAUCUGUUAUGCUGCUCUUUAAAUAUAUACUUCAGAAUACCGUGGGAGAGGCUGGAAAAAUGAAUCCCCACCCAGGUUCCCUCAUCUUGUUGUUGCAUGUGACAAACUGUACAGCUGAGGAUUUUGGUACAAAUCUGCAAAAACGUUUUAGAGAUAAAAGCCUCAAAUCGUGAACAAGAGUCAAUUUGGUUUCAGUUGGUUUACCUGUUCCCUUCUGUCUAUUGGGUCAGGGCUAUUCUAUUGGGUCAGGGCUUAACUUGAGGAAGCAGUCAGAAACUUCAGUCCUACGUUGAUCUGCAUCUUGCAGAAUACAGACUCAAAGAAACUAUUACAAUUAUCUGGUCUUAAAAUUUACAACUCUGCUGAUAGGUGGUUUCCACACAGUGAAGGAGGAAUAAAAGCAUUCCAGUUACAGCAGGUUUAUGUCUGGAGAUAAAACCUUAAAGAGAAAUUCUGAAAGUGACAACACUGGCAAUGGAAAUGACAUAAGGAGCUUCUUAAGGCACUGUAUCAAAGAGAUAUUUGCAAAAUAAUCUGCAAAAAUCAGCAGAGGCAGUGCCAGAAUAUUUGUAGGGGAAAAAAAAUCUCUCUUUCCCUCUCCAGACUCUGUUUCUUUUGAAAAAUAUGGCUAAAAUUAAAAGUCACUCAGAGAUCCCAGAGAAAAGUUAGCAUCAGUUCUCAUGUGAAGAACGUGCCAUAGCUGUUGUCCUGUUGGGUACUAUUUGAACACACAACUUGUGAAACUCCCACAGGGACUGGAUGACAUGCUUGCUAAGAUAUCCAGACUAACAAAGUGUUGAAUUUACAGGUACCCAAUGCUUCUAAUUACAGAGUAAUAUAGAUUUGAAGAAGCCUCUGGAGAUCAUCUGUCUACCCCUGCUCCGUAAGUGUGGCCAACCUCAAAGAUACAUUAAGCUGAGGGCUUAGGGAAACCUAAAGGCGGAUAAAUUAAAAACAUCAUGGAAAUAUUAAGGUUAGGCUUGAGGCAGGUUAUUAUUAUGAAUCUUUCCUAACAUACAUCACUCAGUUUCAAAUUCAGGUUAAGUGGGACUGUAGGAACAACUAUUAUCUUGGAGCAGCUGAGUUACCACAGCUCUCAUAUAUAUUCAACAAGCCAUACCUGUCUCCUCCUAUUGUGUAUUUAAAAAGAUACUCCAUCAAAACAAAGCCCUUUAUAAAUAAGCUAUCAUGUAAUCUGGGAACAAAACAGUUCUUUGGAAGACCUACUUGAGGUAACUGAAGUUUUUAUGGGAAGUUAUGUAUUUGGGGGUUGGGUUUUUAAGCAUACAGAGUUUCCAUUCUUUUUGUUGUACGUUUGCAUUGGUUUUGCACAUCUGGUGAUUUGCAAGGGAAUUGCAAUGCAGAUCAUAUGCAUCCAGCAGAAGAAAACAGCAUGUAAACAUGUGUCAAGGGGAAAGGUACUUACAGUAGUAUGGUUUCAGCCUGCAGAUUGGGCACAGGGUGCUUUCAAAAGAGGUUCAUAAGUGCUCUCCAAGUAAAACAAAAAAUAGCGUGUUAUUCAUUGUUCAGUUGCAUAUUUCUCCCACCAGCUUUUUCAAGCCAAAAAACAAAUUAGAACCUAUUCUCAGACUACUUUGAAUUAAUAUGAAGCUAUAAACCAAAGAAACAGCAUGUUUCAGCAUAUAUGUAAGCAAACAGGAUUUCCAAGCCCAUGCAGUUUUUGUUGGCUAGUGU